GUCGAAGUCCCAGCCAAAGUCACAUUCAUUUGGUGCACGGUCCGUCAGUUGAACUUCGACGCAGAGCUUGACCAGAAGACUGACGACUGUGACGUGACGACGCGACCGAAUAGUAAAAUACCGAACAUCAUACCAUACCAUUAUCACUAUGUUUAACACUAAUGAGAAUCUAAAGUAGUAAUAUAGCAUCAUCCGUGUGAUAAGAAAAGUGUGUACAGGAGAACGUAUUUCGAAGAUCCGCUUGGUAUUAAAUUUGAAGCACAACCGCGGUAACUGAAUGAAAGUGCAGAAGAACUAUGUGUGAUAGUUUAAGAAUGGUGCAGCAAAGCUGAGAUUGUGCAGAUAGAUAAGUGACCCGCCGGAAGGCUGCUUGCUACUAACGUUCUUGAGCCCUAGAAAUCGCCGGAAUCAAGUUUGCGAAAAGUGAAUGAAAAGAAAUCGAAUUUUCUGCAACAUCUGCGCUUGUCCCUGAUCUCUGGACUAGGUUGCAUCGGCUGAUUUGGAUCAAAAACUGCGCUCAGGUUCAUCCGGCGUUGUAGUGGUGUAUGCGGUAUGUGGUAGUCUCGAGAAGUAUCAUCACCAUAAUCAACAUCACGGUCGUGGUCGUCGUCGUAGUCGUCAUCGUGCGCAAAAAAAAAUAUAAUUAGUUUACAACCGUGUUGAGUGGAAAAGGAAAGGCUAUACGACACCAGUAGCGUUUGGUUCUUGCAAUAACACUUUAAGUUCAGCCACUUUAUUCGGGGCUCCUGAGCCCGACUUAGCGUCCUGGAAGAUCAGUUGAUGUAAUGAUUGUCUAACGCGAAUGAAAAAACGCCCCCGCAGAUUGUCCUUUGCCAGAAUCUUCAAUUUCUAUAUUCAGAAAAUUUUGCAUUGCUACUUAGUAGAAUACCCUGUAUAUGUGUACGUGAGAAAGACAAGAAAAUAUUAUUUUCUGGUGCAAAAAUAUACACGUAUAGAGUCGUCGCUUCAGAACAACACUCAGCAAUCACAACAAGUUUCUAGCUGCAGCGUGAAACUCGACUUCAAAGACGAGUAGAUAUUGUAAACGAUCCGCAAGGUUUGCUUUCCAAUACGAUUGGUUAUCCAAAAGUACCCAAAGAACUUCGGUAGCACGUUCAGUAUCCAGGUGCUAAGCAAUCGGCGAACAUUCUGGUCUGGACGGUUAUUACUACCACGGCCUACUGGAGACAGAGAGAGAGAAAAGGUCUGAUUGUACGGAGGACAAAACUGGUACGAAAUUCAUACGCACAGAAUGGCUGAGCUCAUCGAGGACGAGAUGAAACAUUGCUACGAGAAUCUGAUCGUAGUAGACGUUGGCGCCAACUUGACCAACAAAAAAUAUAUUCGUGACCUGGACUCGGUUAUACAACGCGCUAAAGAUUCUGGCGUCCAAAAAGUCAUGGUCCCCGGCACGUCGGUCAAGUCAAGCAAGGAGGCCCUUCGUCUGACACGCAUCUACCCGGGCAUCAUCUACUCGACGGCGGGAAUCCAUCCGCACGAUUCGAAGUCGAUCAUCGAAGAACCAAGCACAUGGCACGAUUUCGAGGUAAUCGCGGGGGCACCGGAAUGCGUUGCCAUUGGGCCCUGCGGGUUGGACUAUCAGCGGGAUUUCAGUGAACCGUGCACCCAAAAGGACAUCUUCGAGCGGCAGUUAAGGCUGGCCUGCACUCUGCAGAAACCUAUUCUGAUACACGAACGGUCUGCCCAGGAAGAUGUGUUGGAAAUAUUAUCGAAAUUUCAACCUACACCGCAGAUCAUCAUCAGAGGCUUCAUGGGCUCUAUUGAGGAGGCUCUCAAGUACCUGCAGCGAGAUUAUUACAUAUCACUUACGGGCUAUCUUUGCAAAGACAAGUCAGACACUGGAGUCCGGAAGCUACUCGAAGAUGGCCGACUUCCGCUGGAACGCCUGCUUGUGGAAACCGAUUCGCCAUUUAUGUAUCCGAACACGCGAGCUUCCAAACUUCCACAGCACGUCAAGAGCGGCCUGACCGAACGUUCACUUCUCUAUCUGCAUCGCUACUGUACCUUUCAGCGCAAUGAACCAUGCAGUUUGCCGGCCAUCGUGGAAAUGAUUGCUGCCUUCAUGAACAAGAAACCCGAGGACGUGGGCCUAGCGACGGCAUUCAACGCACUCAAGCUGUUCGGACUGUCUCAAUGAUAGUGACGGGGAAAACGACAAUGAAAAAUUGAACGAAAACGACUUUUUUUUAUCUUCCAAAAAAUUUUCAUCAAAACGAUUUCACUUUCUUAACCGACGAAUGAUAAAUCUGUUAUCAUAAUUAAUUUUAACACGUUUUCUUUUGUAUACCCUAUAGUUUAGAAUUGUUAAGUUGAAACCUAUUUAAGUCUUGCCCGAUAAUGGUUAUCGAAAAACAAAGAAAUGUUAUUGCUAGUAAAAGCAUGAACUGAAUCCAACGCUCUUAGAGUGACUCUUUACAAUGUUGAAGGAUUCUAUUAAACUGUUUUGUUCUUCAUCUUAGAAUAAGUGCAGGUAGCGUUAGAUUUGUAAGUAUAAACAAAACGAAUUGUGUUAACCGAAUUUAUGUUCUACAUGUGAAGCGAAAGACUGAAGAUAAUACAGUGGGUUAAGAAAGACCAUAACCAAAAUACGUCUAAUCUCGCGAGAAUUAGAAAAAUAAACAAUGACAAAACGCAUCCCGCGGUAAAUUAUUCGACCCUCAAGAAACGGCACAAGAUCAGGGAACUAUCUCAGUAGAGCUAAACAAAACAUUUAGAACACAUUCCUUGUCAACCAAUUUGCUGUUUAUUGAGAGACGAUUAAAUUUUCUAGCAAUGGAUGCUAUCGACAGAUUUUUAGAAGCUUCUAAAAAUAGGAAAACUAAAUUAUAGCUGCGAUGUUGAUAAGAUAGAGUGCUCUUUUCUGCUAUCAUAUUUAGAGAUUAAAUUAGGAACCUUGUUUCAAAUUAAAGUUGUUCAAUUAGUUACACAUACUAGGGUUGAUAGUGACAAAACAUCUACAUUACAUAGGGAGAAAAGUGCCAUAUAUAUGUCUAACUGAGCGCUAAGGUGAAUAUGAUAUGCGAUAACCUGUAUUCAUUGUGUAAGUUAUUGAGAUUGAAAUAAAAGUAUAUUUUUAUAGAG